AUGGCGUGUUGUGAAAGAAUUGAAGGUGGAGGGGUGUGUAGAGGAGAUACUCCAGGGAGAGGAUAUAUGAGCAGGUCGAGCUGCGGCAUUGACCUCGAACCGCUGGAGGAGGGCAUACAUACAGUAUUGCAGACCACGGAGCAUCUCAAGCGCCAGAGUGCAAGGAAGACGGAAAUCAUCCAUUGGUCUGAGAAGGUGUCCAAGUUGGAUAGCCAAGAUCAUUCAUGCAAUUCUAACCCCCCGGAAGUCUGUGCAGAGCUGCAGACACUGCUCAGACUCGACCUACAUACUCCUAAUACCCCCAGAGCUAAUGAGCUUCCUAUCCCUCCGCUGACGUCGUCGUAUCGCGAACUUCGCAAGCUGGCCCCUCCGCCUCGGGCUCGGAAUCAUCCUUAUAAAAUCGCCUCGAAAUCAGCCGAUACAUCUCAUCCAAGGAACGCCGGAAACAGCUUUUUGAUGGACAUAGAAACGGCCGUAAGGACUCGACGGAUAUCCCAACACGAAAACCCCCGAUACCGAUGCCUUUCUCGAGAGCUGUAG